GAAUGACUCUCAAUUAAACCGUGUUUCGCGCUGUAUUAAUAUCUGAAAUAUUUGAGGUUACAAAUUAUUUUAUUUUAAUUUUUGAAGAACGCGCGAGGAAAUUAAUUUUUGACGUGACAAAAUAUUAAAGAAAUUGGCCACUUCUAACUCAAUUCUAAGUGUGUGAUUCGUAUUAAUAAUGAGCAACACCUCGGACUCCAAGGCGCCAGUGCGUCAAGUGCGGCGUGUUCAGUUUGGUAUUUUGUCACCCGAUGAAAUACGUCGCAUGUCGGUGACCGAAGGUGGUCUGAUGUUUGCCGAGACAAUGUCCGGUGGCCGUCCCAAGCUUGGUGGCCUCAUGGAUCCGCGUCAGGGCGUCCUUGAUCGCAAUACACGUUGUCAGACUUGUUCGGGCAACAUGACCGAGUGUCCCGGACAUUUCGGGCACAUUGAGCUGACCAAGCCUGUGUUUCACAUUGGCUUUAUUGCGAAGACGAUCAAGAUACUGCGCUGCGUGUGCUUUUACUGCUCCAAGUUGCUUGUGUCGCCACACAAUCCCAAGAUCAAGGAAAUUGUCAUUAAGUCGAAGGGACAACCGCGCAAGCGUUUUGCCCACAUCUACGAAUUGUGCAAGGGUAAAAGUAUUUGCGAGGGUGGCGGCGAAAUGGAAGUGAAUCGCGAUAAUACGGCGAUGCCGAACAACCAGACUGGACACGAUGGCUGUGGACACUAUCAACCCAUAAUACGCCGCUCAGGACUGGAUCUCACUGCCGAGUGGAAGCAUGUCAACGAGGACACACAGGAGAAAAAGAUGCAAUUGUCGGCCGAGCGUGUUUGGGAGAUACUUAGGCAUAUCACCGACGAGGAGUGUUUCGUGCUAGGCAUGGAUCCUAAGUACGCGCGUCCCGACUGGAUGAUUGUCAGUGUGCUGCCUGUGCCACCGUUGGCCGUGCGUCCCACAGUCGUUAUGUUCGGUUCGGCCAGGAAUAAAGACGAUUUAACGCACAACCUGGCGGACAUCAUUAAGGCGAACAAUCAGCUGAAGAAGAACGAGUCAACGGGAGCUGCUCCGCAUGUCAUACUCGAUAGCAUCAAGAUGUUGCAGUUCCAUGUGGCUACGCUGGUGGACAACGAAAUGCCCGGGAUGCCCCGUGCUAUGCAAAAGUCCGGCAAACCGCUCAAAGCUCUGAAGGCUCGCCUUAAGGGCAAGGAGGGUCGCAUACGUGGCAAUCUGAUGGGCAAACGUGUGGACUUCUCAGCACGCACCGUCAUCACCCCGGAUCCCAAUUUGCGCAUCGAUCAAGUGGGCGUACCGCGUUCUAUUGCCCAGAAUCUCACCUUCCCCGAGCUGGUGACGCCUUUCAACGUGGAUCGACUGCAGGAGAUGGUGCAACGUGGUCAUUCCCAAUAUCCAGGUGCCAAGUACAUUAUACGCGACAACGGCGAUCGAAUCGAUUUACGUUUCCAUCCCAAGAAAUCGGAUCUGCAUCUGCAGAUCGGCUACAAGGUGGAGCGACAUUUGCGCGACGACGAUCUGGUUAUCUUUAAUCGCCAGCCGACGCUGCACAAGAUGAGCAUGAUGGGGCAUCGUGUCAAGGUACUGCCCUGGUCCACAUUUCGCAUGAAUCUCUCCUGCACGUCGCCCUACAACGCUGACUUUGAUGGCGACGAGAUGAAUCUACAUGUCCCACAAUCGAUGGAGACGCGUGCCGAAGUGGAGAACAUACACAUUACGCCGCGACAGAUUAUUACACCGCAGGCGAACAAACCCGUCAUGGGCAUUGUGCAAGACACAUUGACAGCGGUGCGUAAGAUGACCAAACGAGAUGUGUUCCUCACCCAUGAGCAGAUGAUGAAUUUGCUCAUGUUUCUGCCAACCUGGAAUGGCAAAGUACCGAUCCCCAGCAUCCUAAAGCCGACUCCCUUGUGGACGGGCAAACAGCUCUUCACGCUGAUUAUUCCCGGUAAUGUAAACAUGAUACGUACACAUUCCACGCAUCCCGAUGACGAAGACGACGGUCCCUACAAGUGGAUAUCGCCUGGCGACACCAAGGUCAUGGUGGAGCAUGGUGAGCUCAUCAUGGGCAUACUUUGCAAGCGAACACUGGGUGCUUCGGCGGGGUCUCUACUGCAUGUUUGUUUCCUGGAGCUGGGCCAUGAAAUUGCGGGUCGUUUUUACGGCAACAUUCAGACGGUCAUCAACAAUUGGCUAUUGUACGAAGGGCAUAGUAUUGGCAUUGGCGACACCAUUGCCGAUCCGCAGACCUACGCGGAGAUUCUGCACACCAUUCGAAAGGCAAAGGAUGAUGUGGUUCGUGUCAUCGAGAAGGCACACAACAUGUACCUGGAGCCGACGCCUGGCAACACAUUGCUUCAAACGUUUGAGAACAUGGUAAAUCGCAUUCUAAACGAUGCUCGUGACAAAACCGGCGGUUCUGCGAAGAAAUCCUUGACCGAACACAAUAAUCUGAAGGCCAUGGUGCUGUCGGGCUCCAAGGGAUCCAACAUUAAUAUCUCGCAGGUCAUUGCGUGUGUGGGUCAGCAGAAUGUGGAGGGCCAGAGAAUACCUUAUGGAUUCAAGAAGCGCACGCUGCCGCAUUUCAUAAAAAACGAUAGCGGUCCGGAGGCGCGCGGUUUCGUGGAGAACUCGUAUCUUGGUGGAUUGACGCCAUCGGAAUUCUAUUUUCAUGCCAUGGGCGGUCGUGAAGGUCUCAUCGAUACGGCUGUGAAGACGGCAGAAACUGGUUAUAUUCAGCGACGUUUGAUUAAAGCGAUGGAAUCGGUGAUGGUCAGCUAUGAUGGCACAGUGCGCAACUCUGUUGGACAGCUCAUUCAGUUGCGCUAUGGCGAAGAUGGACUAUGUGGCGAGCUGGUGGAGUUCCAGAACUUGCCAACGGUGAAGCUGUCCAACAAGGUGUUUGAGAAGCGCUACAAAUUCGACUCGUCCAAAGAGCCUUACAUGCGCAAGGUGUUUACGGACGAAGUCAUCAAGGAGAUGAGCGACAGCACUGAUGCCAUACAAGAACUGGAAGCGGAGUGGGAGAAACUAAUGUCGGAUCGCGAAGAUCUGCGCAGCAUUUUUCCUAAUGGCGACUCGAAGGUGGUGUUACCCUGCAAUCUGCAGCGCAUGAUCUGGAAUGUACAGAAGAUCUUUCACGUCAACAAGCGAUUGCCAACAGAUUUGUCGCCAUUGCGUGUGAUCAAGGGAGUUCGGGAGCUACUUGAACGUUGUGUUAUUGUGUCCGGCAAGGAUCGCAUCUCAAAGCAGGCGAAUGAAAAUGCCACACUAUUGUUUCAGUGCCUCGUUCGUUCGACGCUCUGUUCCAAGUUUGUCACCGAGGAGUUUCGCCUGUCGCAGGAAGCCUUUGAGUGGCUCAUAGGUGAGAUUGAGACACGCUUUCAACAGGCUCAGGCCAAUCCUGGUGAAAUGGUUGGCGCCUUGGCUGCGCAAAGUUUAGGUGAACCGGCCACACAAAUGACUCUGAACACCUUUCAUUUUGCCGGUGUCUCUUCGAAGAACGUAACGCUGGGGGUGCCCAGACUAAAGGAGAUCAUCAACAUCUCGAAGAAACCGAAAGCACCUUCGCUCACAGUUUUUCUCAGAGGCGGUGCAGCUCGUGAAGCCGAGAAGGCGAAGAAUGUGUUGUGUCGUCUAGAACAUACAUCGUUGCGCAAGAUGACGGCCAACACAGCCAUUUACUAUGAUCCGGAUCCGAAGAAUACGGUGAUUCCCGAGGAUCAGGAGUUUGUCAAUAUCUACUACGAAAUGCCCGAUUUUAAUCCAAAUCGUAUUUCGCCUUGGCUGCUGCGUCUCGAGCUCGAUCGCAAGCGCAUGACGGACAAGAAGCUGACGAUGGAAUUGAUUGCAGAGAAGAUCACAAUGGGCUUUGGCGAUGAUCUCAAUUGCAUUUUCAACGAUGACAAUGCCGACACUCUGGUGCUGCGCAUACGUAUCAUGAACAAUGACGAUGGCAAAUUUGUGGACGACGAGGAUGCUAUCGAUAAAAUGGAAGACGAUAUGUUCUUGCGUUGCAUCGAGGGCAACAUGCUGGCGGACAUGACGCUGCAGGGCAUCGAGGCCAUUAGCAAGGUGUACAUGCAUCUGCCGCAAACCGAUAGCAAAAAGCGCAUUAUUAUCACGGAAUCGGGUGAGUUCAGAGCCAUUGGUGAAUGGCUGCUGGAAACUGAUGGCACAGCAUUGAUGAAAGUACUGUCUGAGCGCGAUGUGGACCCAGUACGUACAUACUCCAAUGAUAUUUGCGAAAUAUUCCAAGUGCUGGGCAUUGAGGCGGUGCGCAAGUCUGUCGAAAAGGAGAUGAACGCUGUGCUGCAGUUCUAUGGCCUCUAUGUUAACUAUCGCCACCUGGCGUUGCUUUGCGAUGUGAUGACUGCCAAGGGACACUUGAUGGCUAUCACACGGCACGGCAUCAAUCGACAGGACACCGGCGCUCUGAUGCGCUGCUCCUUUGAGGAAACCGUCGAUGUGCUCUUGGAUGCUGCGGCCCAUGCCGAAAGCGAUCCGAUGCGAGGCGUUUCCGAGAACAUCAUUAUGGGACAGAUGCCCAAAAUGGGCACCGGUUGCUUUGAUCUGCUGCUGGAUGCCGAAAAGUGUGUGUAUGGCAUUGUCGUACCGAAUCUCAUCGACGGCCUUGGUGGUGCCGUUAACUCUCACUUUCCUUGCGGCGCUUUCUCGCCCGGCAUGUCGCCGGCCACGACACCUUGGAUGCAGUGCAUGUCGGCAAUUUACUUGGCCACGCCUCGCCAGAUGGGUACCUUAACACCGGGAGGUCUGUGUUUUUCCCCCUCAGCUGCCUCGGAGGCAGCGGCUUUUUCGCCAUGCUGGUCUCCAGCUUACGGUAGUCUAUCGCCGAGUUCGCCAUCAAUGUCACCGUAUCAUGUUGAUUCGCCAGCGAUGUCUUCAUAUCACGCCAACUCGCUCGCUAUGUCGCCCUUGCAUGCGAUAACAUCGCCCAGCUAUGCAAUCACCUCACCGAGCUAUGCAUCGUCACACUAUUCACCCACAUCGCCACAGUUUGCAGCAACGAGUCCGAGCUGUGUGACGCCGAGUUAUAAUCCACUGUCGACGAGCUAUUCACCUUCGCCUUAUGGUUAUUCGCCCACCUCGCCCUUGUACUCGCCCACUUCGCCGCUGUACUCGCCAACAAGUGCGGGCGGCGGUGUGUAUUCACCAGUAUCACCAUCGUACUCGCCGACGAGUCCAUCGUACUCGCCAGUGUCGCCGUCUUACUCGCCCGCUCCACAAGUUUAUUCGCCCAUAUCGCCAACGUAUUCAGUAUCGUCUCCGAACUUUACGCCAGUGUCGCCGCAAUAUUCGCCAACAUCGCCGUCGUACUCGCCCUCGUCACCAAGUUAUACACGCGCUUCGAAAUCAUAUUCGCCAUCGUCACCCAGUUACUUGACGUCGCCCAUUUAUUCACCGAUUUAUAAAUCGCCAAGUUCGUCAGGAUCACCAGAAUAUUCGCUUACCUCGCCUACCUACUCGCCCUCAUCACCAAAUUACACGCCGAAUGCGCCCAAUUACAAACCGAAAAAGCUCAAAUAUACGCCAACAUCGCCAAGUUACUCGCCCACAUCACCAAGUUACUCGCCGUCAUCGCCAAUUUAUUCGCCAAUAUCGCCAAAUUACUCGCCAAUAUCGCCGAAUUACUCGUCAACAUCGCCAAGUUACUCGUCAACAUCGCCGAGUUACUCACCAACAUCGCCAACUUACUCGCCAACAUCGCCAAGUUACUCGCCAACGUCGCCAAGUUAUUCGCUAACAUCGCCAUCCUACACGCCCAAUACACAAAAAUCCCAAACCAAAAAGUCGAAAAAAUCCACUCGCUAUUCGCCAAGUAAACCAAACUACACACCUGUAUCACCGAGUUACAGUCCAAGUACUCCAAGCUACUCGUUGACUUCACCAAUGUACUCGCCGAUGACUCCAUUGCAGUACAAUUCCUCAAGACGGGCAUCCAUAAAUCAGGCGUAUUCACCCAGCACGGCUGUGUUCACGAAAGAUGAUGACUAGGUCGUCUAUGAAGAUGUUAUCAUCUUAUCAAUCGGUGAUGAAAAAAUUAUAUUAUAAUUAUUUGAAUUAAUUAUGAUUUUUAUAAAAAAUAUUGCCUCAAUUGUACAAUCUUAAUAAAACUACAU